AUGACGGAUUUGGGAGGCAUCCAUGCCUUCUUCUCGGGAGCGAGACGCAAGACAUUGCGGUCCCGCUCUUACUGCGACGUGCCGACAGAAGUACUUGCACCUCGCUGUGAAGUGGUGUCCAUAGGAGAACUGACACCACUAUUAGCGCCCGAGUCUCGCGACCUCGAGCGCCUACGCUUCGGCGAUGGUUCAUCUGUUUCAUCAGAUAAACCAAAGAUGCUGCGACGCAAAGCAUCAUCCAUGCCACGCUUUGCAGGCGGCUUAGAUUCAAUCGCCGUCGAUACGGAUCCGUCUUCCGUAUCAGGAGAGUACGAGACACCAAGCUCGUACUCUGUGAAGAGACACGAGUGUCUUCAUGACCAGCGCCUGCGUCACUAA